ACAACCUGGAUCUUGCUCCUGUUUUGUCUUAAUCUUUUGCCUAAUCUCUUAGGUUUUGUGUUGUCUUUGAAGCCUAGCUUUGUUUUGGAUACAACAAAGGAAUUUACAGGCAUGUGGAAGAGGCCAACCCUGCCAUUCAUGGAUGGGUGACAGAAAACCCCAUCAUUCUGGAAGUACUCUCAACUGUUUUCACUAUGCCCACCAAAUCCAGGAAAACGAGGACCCACAGUUCUAGGCCUGCCAAGAAGACAGGCAGUCCGAAAACACAGAAAAAGAGGUCCUCUUCCAAUGCCAAGCCCAACAAGACAGAGGUGGACAUCCUCAGCCCAGCAGCCAUGGAGAAUGUCUACUACAUUGCCCAUAAUGCAGGGGACUGUCUGAAAUUCAGAGGCUUUGGGUGGCCAAAGGCAAAUAAAACAAAGAAAAAGAAGGGAACUAAACGGAAGAAGAAAAAGUAGGCAACAAAAUGGAAGAGUUAAAAGCUAAUCAUAAUUUUGCCAAAGCUAAGAUUUGUUUGUUUUUUUACUAGGUUUUGAUGUAUAUGUACAUUUAAAUGCCUUGUUAAUAGCACCACCUAGUGGGUGACUGUAAUAAAACAAAAAGGUUUUUAGAGCUGGAACCGGUGAAGUGCAA